AUGAGUGAUUCAACGCACGAGUCAUCUGCAACAGCAGCAGCAGCAGCAGCAGCAACCGAGUCGGCGUCCACUCAAGCGACAGCAGCAGCAGCAGCAGCAGCAGCAGCAGCAGCGUCGGAGGCCAGCAGCAGCAGCAACAACAGCAGCAGCAGCACGACGACUGCUCCUCCUCCUCCGCAUCGGCCAGCGAGCGGCUCUUCUGCGUCCGCGGCCGUCGACAAGCUCGCCUCAUCGAGCGUGUCGUCGUCGCCCGCAUCGUCGCCGCGGCUGGGCAAGCGCAUGGUCGUGCCGAAUGCAGCGCUGCUCGCAAGCCAAACAAGCAUCAACAGCGUCGACAGCACGGACGACAACAUCAACGGCCCCAACGCGGAUGCAGCCAGCAUUGGAUCUGCCUCUGCAGGCAACACUACCACCACCACCACCACCACCACCAAUGGCAAUGGCAAUGGCAAUGGAACUGGCAGUGGGACGAGCACCCCGCCGACACGCAAGCAGAGCGGCAUGCAGCUCGUCAACAGCGUGAUUGCGCGCUCGUCGCUCUCCGCACAGUCCGCCGCGGUCGUCAAGCCGGCGCCCGUGCAGACCGCUUCGCCUGUCGGUGGCGCAUCGGCGGCCUCUGUGAACUCGGCGGCUGCUGCGGCCACUGCUGCGUCGGCGUCGGCGUCGGGGGCUGACGGAAGCAGCAUCCGCGAUCGCACUGCCUCCGACGUAUCGUCCCGCUCAAGCAGCAGCAAGGACCAGUCAGCAGCUGGAGCAGCAGCAGGAGCAGUGGAUGGCUCUGGUGCAGACGCGGGAGGCGAUGCACACAGCAAGUCGUCCAACCCCGAUGUGCUUGAGGGCUACCUGCACCGCAAGCUGGUCAUGGAAGGCGGCAAGAAGAGCAAGGACCGGUCGUGGAACAAGCUCUACUUUACAUUGAAGGGCAACGAACUCGCGGCCUACAAGGACCACUAUGCGCCCAAGCUCGACCCUACCAAGCGAAAGGAUGCGGCUCCGUUGCGCGUCUUGGAUGUCAGCCAAUGCGUCGCCGAGAUCGCAUACAGCUACCGCAAGCGACCGAACGUGUUUAGCGUCAGCACGGUGCAGGGCGAGCACUACCUCCUUCAGGCUUUCGAUCAAAAUGACAUGCUUGCUUGGGUGAAACGGCUUCACGAGAUUGUCUCGGAGGCAUCUGAUGUUAUGGUCUCGAUCAUGAACAAGAAGGCAUUGGUCGAGUCCGAGCGCCAUCAAAAGCUCAAGAAGGCAGACUCCAUCGGCAGCGACCUCGACAACGUUGGCAAGCUCACCAAAGCCUCUUCAAUCGAAGCACUGGCAGCCGAGGAAACCGAUGCCCCAGCUCCGCCCUCGCGAACCAUCUCGCGAAACCCGAAUGACAACGCGACCGACAACGCGGACGAAGAGAGCGAGCGCCAGAAAAAGAUUUCCACCCUGCAAUCGAGACUCACCGAAGUGAAGGACACGAACGAAGCGGACGCCGAACCAAUCUACGAAACAAUGGAAACAAGUCGCGCAACGCCCGCCGCCGCCGCCGUCGCCAAGCCCGUCUCAAAGGCUCCCGCCGCCCGUCCGGCGAUCGCAGAGGAACUGUACGAGGCCCCCUCCGACAACGCUGACGAUGACAUUUACGAGACCCCGACGGUGGCCACGUCCGCCGCCUCGGAUGACAUGUACGUGACCACCGACGAGCCGCGAGCGCGCACGCAGUCGCAAGCCACUCGGCCCAAGAUGCCAUUGCCGUUCGCGGCCACUGCUGCUGCUACUGCUGCUGCUGCUGCUGCGCCCGCUGCAGCACCUGCUCCGGCCACCUCCGCCGCCGACGAGGACAUGUACGUGACCACUGACGUGCCAGAGCCAAAGCCGAACGCCAAGCCCGCAGCGCCCGCUCCUGCAGCUCAAGACGACCUGUACAUUACGGCCGACGAAACGUCCGCUCCUCCUCCGAAGGUGUCUGCCGCGAGUGCAGCCAUUUUGGCACGCUCAAAGCCAAAGCCCGCUUCCGCGGCUCCUCCUGCUACUGCAGCGGCGGAUGAUGAGGACAUGUACGUCACGACAGACGAGCCGGCUCCGAAACAAGCUGCUCCCUCCGCAGCCAGCGCAGCCAUUCUGGCUCGGUCCCAGAAGAAGCCGACGCCGGCUCCUGCCGCCGCGGAAGAUCUUUACAUUGUAGCAGACGAGCCGGCGCGCGACGACGACGAGUACCUCGAACUCGAGCCCGCCCCAGCCGUCGCCCCGCCCAGCAGCGCACGGCCCAAAAUGCCGCUUCCGACGACCACCGCUCACGAAGAAGACAUGUACGUUACGAGCGACGAGCCUCCGCCGCUGCCAAGCACUCGUGGACGGCCGCCGCUUCAAGUGCCCGCCGCUGCCGCCGAGGAUGGCGACAUUUACGUGACGAGCGACGAGCCAGCCCCUGCAUCGACCGUCCGCCCGCGCAUGCCAUUGCCGUCCGAAAGCGGAGACAUGUAUAUUACCACCGAUGUGGCAGCUCCUGCAGCGCCAGGCUCUGCUCCCUCGAGCAAGAUGAGUGUUCGCCCACGCAUGCCACUGCCGUUCAACCGUGUCGAUGUCGAAAAGCCUGCUCCCGUGCCGACCACGCCUCCUGCCGUCAGCUCGCCAGGCUACCACGACGACGAGGGAAUUUACGAGACUUUGGAUACACUCUCAGGAAAGCCCCUGUCCUCAGCUGUAUCUACACCUGCACCAGCUGCAACUGAGGUUGCCGCUGCAGUCUCUGCAAAGGCAGAGGAGGCAGCAGCAGCAGCAGCAGCAGAGGAAGAAGAAGAAGCGCCCCCGACACCACCUGCUCGACAGGCUGUUGCGCCGCCGCAGCCUGAAGUCGAAGCCACUCCUCCGGCUGUUCUACCCCGCACCGCCUCUGUUGCAGCUGCUUCCAAGCCGGCUGCCAAACCCCUCGACGCAAAGGACAGCAAGGUCGCCGAGCCAGAAGCACACGCUGCGCCCGUGGUGGCGGUGCCGAGGCGCCCGGCCGAGCUGCCUGUCGUCACGCUGGUUGUCGAGCGCAACCCGCGCUCUGACGACGGUGGCUACGCCGACCCUCGCGAAUCGAUGGCUUCCAUCGAAAUGCCGGCUUCCGACUAUGCCGCGCUCCUUACCACCCCGAAUCAGAACGGGGCAGACGGCGAGUCGUCAUCGCGCUCAAAGUCUCCCAUCUACAGCCAGGUGAACAAGCAUCCGCGCCACGACGAGCACCCCGAGCUCGGACAGGCCUUGGAGCUUGCCAAUGGCCGUGUGAAGGCGCUGGAGGACGAAAACGAGUUGCUGCGUCUGCAGCUGGCUGCACGACCGGCGCGUGAUGUUGAUGCCACCUUUGCCUUCCGUGAGGAGCUGCUGUCUUUGCGCGGAUUUGCAGAGCGCUCCGCCGUGGAAAAUGUCGCGCGAGAAGCACGCGACGCAGCUUCCACCAAGCGCACCCACCAGAUCGAGAUGGACGCACGCCAACACGAGGUGGAGAAUGUGCAGCUGAAGGCCCGAAUCACCGAUCUCGAGCUCAAGCUCAAGUCGCUCGAAGAGCAGCGCAAGCACUUGGAGUCUGUGACUGCCACGGAGCGUGGCAAGCUUCUCGCUCAGGUGGCCGAACUCGAGGCCAAGGUGGAGCAAUCGAGCAAGCGAACCUUCACCGGCUCGCGAAUCGCCAACGCGCGAUCUGAGGUCAUUAGUGCGGCUUCGUCGCCUUCUGGAUCGACGAGCACGAGCGCUGUGCGUCGUCCCGGAGCUGGGCUGGUUCGAGCUCCGUCGGACGCCUCAUCCCGUGCACCUGCUUCUUCAUCUGACAAGCGCACCGAAUCUACUGGCGCAGCUUCUUCUUCUUCUUCUUCGCCUGCUGCAACCGAGCCCGGCAAGCUCCCGCGCGCCACUGCUACUACUGGCUCGACGCUUGACGCGAACAAGUUUGUCCGCACAGCGACCAGCCCAGCCAUCGUCACUGGUGCUGCUACGACUGACACUGCCAAGGCUACUCCUCGUCCAGUGCCCGGUGCGAGCAAUGGUGCUGCUCGCGUCAGCGGUGGAUUCAGACCCAAGAGCGAGAUCGACAGCGACGUGUUCAAGCCUGACAAGACCUACUCUUAUCAGGAGCUGGUGAAGAAGCCGUUUGGCGUGAACGAGGCCAUGAUGGAGCAUUACCUCUCAGACGCCGAGUUCCAAGAGCUGUUCGAGUGCACCAAGUCCGAAUUCAGCAAGCAGCCCAAGUGGAAGCAGCUUGAGCGCAAGAAAGCCCUUCGUCUCUUCUAGUUUGGGUCAGGCGCUGCUGUUCGGAGUCCUUGCGGUGCUCUUGGGAGUAUUCUGGCUGUAUUGGGGCGUUUUUCAAUGAGCUUGUUGUCCUUUUUUUUCCUUUCUUUUCUUUUUGGUGUGUUUGUUUUUGUUUGGCGUGGAUGUUAUUGGGUGGAUUUUGAGUUUUUCCGAUUCAAAAUGCGUUUUUGAAGUGUGUUUUGCA